AUGCGUGCGCUAUCAGACAGCGGGCAGGGAGAGGAUGUGCGAGUUGAAGCACAUCAAGAGUACAUCUCAAGGUCCAUAGGCAGUCACACCAGCCCUGACGCGGGUAUCACCGACAUCAGGAGGACACAAGUUUCAGAUCCUGAGGAGGAAAGCGUCAACUUGCUCAGCCACAUGAGGGUUCAGAUCGACACGAAGAGAACAAGAUGCCUUGUCAAGUCCGAUCAUGCGGUGGCAUCGAGGGCGUCGCUUCGUCCCGUCGAUUCGUCAAGCGUAGCAGGGCCCAUACUGGCCAGCAGUCAACAGGAGGUGGAGGAUGGUGGAGCGCCGUACGACAACCAUGCUUCGGGCCCGGAUCUUCGAUUGCCGCCUUACACUGACUGGCAGCCAGUGCAAGAUACAAUUUCGACCUCCCACCAUCCGAUGUAUGCCUCCGGGGGGCCGGAGCCGCAGAAGUUGGAGAUUGUCGACAUUCUGAAGCAGGCAACCAACGGACACAUGCAUGGCUUCCAGGAGAACGGCCACUCAGAAGCUAUGGACCUCAGCGACUCAUUCUCGGUACAAUACGAGCCCAAGAUCACGGAGGGCGGACCUCAGCUCUGCCAGCAAGGGAGCACUCGUUCAUCUUUCGCCUAUGAGCACUCCUCGCUCCUUUGUGUCCUUCGACGAUCCCCGCGACUUCGGAGCGUCGGGGUGCCAAAGCUUGCUCUGGAAAGAAUCGCCUCUCCAUCAGAAGUCAAGAAUGAUGUGCGAACACCAAGAAGCUUGUCCGAUCGAUACGGAAGAAGCCGGGGAGGCGCCCUCGUCGCAGCAUCUCCGCGCAAGUUUGCGAUGGGAACGAGUCCCAUUCAGUCCCCGCGGCUCAGCAUCACAAUGCAACGGAUCACAACGCCUCGACAAGAUGCCCACACCAAGAUCGUUCGACCCGCGUACGUCAGUGCCACCUCCAUCAUGCCAGCGGUCGAUUCCGAAGGCAUAGAGGCAGCAAAGAAGGCGUCUGCAAGCCACCAGGGCAGCAGCCAGGGGAAUCCGAGGCUCAUGGACAACUUCGCGUUCCCCGAGGACUCGAUCUUCGGACAGACCCUUGAGAAGCUCUUCUCCUUCCUGGGCAACGAGCAGGAGCAGGGGGGCGCACAUCGAACAUAUAUCAACAUCUGA